AUAACUUAUCAAUGCAUUCUUGUUAGUGGCCUGUAGAAAUAUGAAUUGGUGCGCAAUCAGUAAUCUCUAAUAUUAAAAAUAAACAAUAUUUUUUAAAUAAGUUGUGAUUUAAAUUCUAAUAAUUAUUUAGUGGUAAAUUAUGUACUAAUACAAACAGGCUGUCAGUUUCUAUUGUGGCGGUGUGUUGACCUAUCGAAUUCGCGGAGUAUUUUAGCAGUGUAAUAUGAAGUUGUUGACAAUAAUCACACUGUUCGUGCCACUCAUUAGUGCCGAUAUAUUCCCGUUAUCCAUUAUUCACAUUAAUGAUUUUCACGCAAGAUUCGAGCCUACGGAUACAUCAGGCGGCACGUGUGAUGCUGGCGAAGAAUGCAUCGGCGGCUUAGCGCGAACCAUUUACACUGUAAAGCGUUUACUGGAGGAACAAAAGGACCAAAAUCCGGUUUACUUCAAUGCAGGCGACAGUUUUCAGGGCACACUUUGGUACAAUAUCGGACGAUGGAAUGUGACAAGCCAGUUUCUGAAUAUGCUACCCGCUGAUGCUAUGACACUCGGCAAUCAUGAGUUUGAUCAUGGCAUUGAGGGUGUUGUGCCAUUUCUGGAGAGCAUCAAUUCACCUAUGUUGGUAGCGAAUAUGGAUGCAAGAGAUGAACCGGAUAUGCAGGGCAAAUACCAAAAAUCGAUAAUAAUCGAACGUAGUAACAGGAAAAUCGGUGUCAUCGGUGUUAUUCUCGAAACCACCUAUGAUUUAGCCAAUACUGGUAAUUUGAUCUUCCAAAAUGAAAGCACCGCUAUACGUGAGGAAGCUCAAAAGCUGAGAGAACAAGGUGCCAAUAUAAUUAUUGCAAUUACGCAUUGCGGCUAUGAUGUGGAUAAAUUAAUUGCACAGCAUGCCGCUGAUGAUGUCGAUGUUAUAGUGGGAUCUCAUUCGCAUACUUUCCUAUAUACGGGCGAUAAAUUACCCGGUCCAGACACGCCAUAUGGUCCGUAUCCCACCGAAGUUGUGCACGAAAAUGGUCAUCGCAUUUUGAUUGUUCAAGCGGCAGCUUAUGCGAAAUAUGUUGGAAAUAUAACGGUAUACUUCGAUGAUGAUGGAAACGUGGUCGACUACUCGGGUGCACCGAUUUACAUGGGAUCCAGUGUACCAGAAGACGCUGACAUUGUUGAAGCUAUGAAGCCAUGGCAAGAGAUCAUUGAUGCACAGGGUUCAGUGGUUGUUGGUGAGACAAAAGUUGAAUUGGCAAUGUCAACAUGCAGCGAUUCCGAGUGUAAUUUAGGAAAUUAUUUCUGUGAUGCAAUGAUACAUGCUUUUGCUGCUUUAACUCCGUAUUCGGAAAUGCCAUGGGCAAAUGUUUCUAUUGGCCUAAUAAACACUGGUGGUCUACGAGUGCCGCUUAGAAAAGGAACCCUCACAUAUGCGCAUUUAGUCACAAUGUCUCCAUUCGAAAAUGUACUGACCGCCUUCAAUUUACCGGGGCAUAAGCUCUUAGAAGCAUUGGAAUUUAGUGUGCAACCGAUAGAUAUAAAGAGUAAUACCACAAACUCUCCAAUUUAUAUGCAAGUAGCUGGUUUAAAAAUCACGUAUAAUUACAAUAAUCCCGUUGGAGAGCGAGUGGUUGAUAUCAAGGUACGCUGUGCAGAUUGUGCCAUUCCAGUUUAUGAGGAUUUUGAUUCAAGGAAAAUUUAUCGUAUCGUGGCACCAGAUUUUCUAGCUGAAGGAGGCGGUGGUUUCACCAUGUUCAGGGAUUAUGGUUCGGAUUGGCAGAAGGAAAUGACAGAUAUCGAUGCGCUCUUAUCGUUCACCCGUAAUACCAGUCCAAUAUAUAUCGGAAGAGAGAAACGUAUAUCGGUAUUGGGAUACCCAGAAACUGCGGCUGCAAUUGUACCCAUUAAAGAGGAGAUGGAUAAGGUAGGGGCAGUUGUUCAGGGUGAGACUAAAGUGGAGUUGAGAAAAUCAACCUGUAGCAGUGAUGAGUGCAAUUUGGGAAACUUCUUUUGUGAUGCCAUGAUACACGCUUUCACUGGCUUAACACCGUACUCAGAAGGAUUGUGGUCUAACGUUUCCAUUGGAAUUGUAAAUACAGGUGCACUGCGUGUACCCCUGUCCCCAGGAAAUAUUACUUAUUCGCACAUAGUGACGAUGUCACCGUUUGAAAACAAACUCACUGCAUUCAACAUACCUGGUCAUAAACUAUUAGAAGCAUUGGAAUACAGUGUUAGUCCCAUUGAUUUGGAUAGCGGAGUUACCAGCUCCUACAGAUUUAUUCAAGUAUCUGGCCUUAAGAUAACCUACAAUUAUGCUAACCCAACCGGAGAAAGAGUGGUCGAUAUUAAAGUUCGUUGCUCCGAGUGUGAUAUACCUGUAUACGAGGAUUUCGAUUCAACAAAAAUUUAUCGUGUCGUCGCACCAGAUUUUCUGGCAGAAGGAGGCGAUGGUUUCGCAAUGUUUAGAGAUUAUGGCUACGAUUUUCAAAAAGAGAUGUCCGACUUGGAUGCUCUGCUUUCAUACACAACUCAAGUAACACCAAUCUACGUCGGUAAAGAAAAACGUAUUACUGUAUUACGGAAUGAGGAAGUUUUAAAGCUGAAACAAAUUUGGGCUACUAAUAUCACUACUGAGGGCAAUGUUGUUGUUGGAACGUCCAGGGUAACUUUGUCAAAUUAUAACUGUGCUCAAUCUGAGUGCAAUGUCGGAAAUUUAUACACUGACGCAAUUUUGCACGCGUUUUUACGCUUGGAGCCCUACAACACACAUAAAUGGGCCAAUGCCUCAAUAGCUAUAACAACUAGUGCUGAAAUGCGUGCUUCCAUUCCACGUGGCAACGUUACUUACAAGGAAGCUUUUGAACUUUGCUCGUACGAAGGUGAUCUCAUAGCCUUUGAUUUGGCCGGUAAAUAUUUGCUGGAAGCUUUAGAAUACAGUGUCUCAUCAAUUGAUCUAGAAAACAAUGUCAACGAGACUUAUAAGUUUUUACAUAGUUCGGGCAUUAGAGUGACGUACGAUCUUCGGGCUGCCAAAGAGGAUAGAGUAGUUAGUGCAGAUGUGCGAUGUACUGACUGCGCUAUUCCCUUUUAUGAAUCAUUAUCUCCAAAUAAAACUUAUCGUAUUGUUGCUGCUAAGUAUUUGGCCACCGGAGGUUAUGGAUAUUCAAUGUUUACAAAUUAUGGAUCUUCGCGAAACACACUUCCGGUGAAUGAACUGACAGCUUUAAUCGAUUAUUUCAGAGCGGAAAAGCCGAUAACUAUUGGCUUGCAAGGACGAAUUAAAUUAAUAUAGAUAAACAAAAAUUUCUAAUACUAUUGUAUC